ACCACAGCAGCUUAUAAAGUGAUGAUCCGCCGGCGCUCACGCAGCACGCUGCUUCGCUCUGAUCUCUCAGCAUCUUGUGUUCUUGUUCACUGUUAAUCAGUCUCACACAUGCUGCUUUCCUGUUCCCACCUUUCAUUCAGCGUUUUUAUCCAACUUCUAACCAAAGUCUAAUUUCCUCCUGAGUGGAGGGAUGAGAGGAGAGCCGUGGGACUGUUCUGGGCUGAGAGUAACAACAACAGCAGCAGAUGUCUGAGGAAAAUUGCUUUUCUUGGAAAGCCUGAAGAGUGAAAGGAGGGAAAAGGGGAAAAAACGGCAAAGAUUCGUGCUUGUCCUCCAGACGAGGAUGGCUGAGAAGCACAGACGCUGAGAUUUUAAAGCUGCUGAGCCAGAUGGACGUAUAAAAGAAAAAGGAGAAGACGAGGAGGAUUUAAAAGGAGACAUUAUGAACAGCACGGAUCUCCAUGGACUGAUCCAAGGCUACCACAACAGGAGCCAAACAUCAGGCGCUUUGCCUCUGAACAAAGACUUACCAGCCGACGAGAAGGACUCGUCGGCAGGAUGCUACGAACAGCUGCUGAUCUCUACAGAGGUGUUCCUCACUCUGGGCAUCAUCAGCCUGCUGGAGAACAUCCUGGUUGUUGCUGCGAUCGUCAAGAACAAGAACCUCCACUCGCCCAUGUACUUCUUCAUCUGUAGCCUCGCUGUUGCUGACAUGCUCGUGAGCGUCUCCAACGCCUCCGAGACCAUCGUCAUAGCGCUUAUCGACGGAGGCAACCUGACCAUCCCCGCCACGCUGAUCAAGAGCAUGGACAACGUGUUCGACUCUAUGAUCUGUAGCUCCCUGUUAGCGUCUAUCUGCAGCUUGCUCGCCAUCGCCAUCGACCGCUACAUCACCAUCUUCUACGCGCUGCGGUACCACAACAUCGUCACCCUGCGGCGAGCGAUGUUGGUCAUCACCAGCAUCUGGACCUGCUGCACCGUCUCCGGCAUCCUCUUCAUCAUCUACUCAGAGAGCACCACCGUGCUCAUCUGCCUCAUCACCUUGUUCUUCACCAUGCUCGUCCUCAUGGCGUCGCUCUACGUGCACAUGUUCCUUCUGGCCCGCUUGCACAUGAAGCGGAUCGCGGCGCUGCCGGGCAACGCGCCCAUCCACCAGCGGGCCAACAUGAAGGGCGCCAUCACCCUCACCAUCCUCCUCGGGGUGUUCGUGGUGUGCUGGGCGCCCUUCUUCCUCCACCUCAUCCUCAUGAUCACCUGCCCCAGGAACCCCUACUGCACCUGCUUCAUGUCCCACUUCAACAUGUACCUCAUCCUCAUCAUGUGCAACUCCGUCAUCGACCCCAUCAUCUACGCGUUCCGCAGCCAGGAGAUGAGGAAGACCUUCAAAGAGAUUUUCUGCUGCUCGCACGCUUUCCUGUGUGUGUGAGCCGCCUGUCGAGUGUCAGCCGAGCUUCGACCCCGACAGCCUCAACGCGAGAGUGAAAACCAGUCCGACAAGGACUUUGAGGUGUUUUGAGCUGUAAUCCAUGUUGACUGACGUGACUCUGUUGUGCCCUGUGCUUUGACGGGCGGCUGUAAAUGAUUGAUGAGUCGGGGCGCUCGCCCGUGCUUACGUGAGUCAGGCUGUGUAAGAGGUGGGUUGUAAAAUAGAGUACCGCUCUGUAGUGAAACGCUCUUUUGUUUUCGUAGUAGGCGCUGCUCUGAAGUGCAAUUCAAAGUAUUACCAGCAUCUGCACACAUGCUCAAAACUGUGAUCCGUUCUUCACACACACCCUGCUCUUCACUGUCAAAGAAAAUCAAAUACAUCAUCUCAUCAUAUCAUCAUGGUUUAUGGCAUUUAAAUAUCGCAGCUGCUGCAGUGUAGAAGUCUAAAUGCCACAGUGUGUGUCCUCUAUAUGAAUCACUGGAUACCCAACAGAGAGUUUAAUAUAUUGUAUGAAAGACUACCUCUAUGUUUCAUAACUGAAGGAGCGUUUUUGCACAUUGCAAGCAAAGACAUGCAUGUCCCUGCUGGCGUGCACUGCUUCUGAUCUGCAUAACAAUGAAUGUAAAGAUGUGUGGCAUUUACCUUUAAUGAGAUGCGAUCGAUUUUUUUUUUCCCCUCUUACAUCACGUUGCCAGUCACAAAGGAGGACAAUGAAAAGAAAAAGGAACACCCCGCCUCGCCGAGGAGAGCUAUUUUGCUGCGAUGGAGGUAAAAUUAUCUACAAAGAAAUGCAAGACGGAGGAAGACGACGACUACUUUGCAGAAAAGAGACGUGAUUAUCUGAGCUGUCCUGAAAAGGAUGAAGGCACUGACUGCUGGUGAUGAUCUAGAAGUGACGAGACAAAAAGCACAAAGACAAAAUGCAACAAUUUUCUUUUCAGUCACAACCAGACUAUUUUUAUUUUAUUUUUUAUGCCCACGCACAAUAUUUAUUGACUUUGACCUAAAAUGAAAGAUGUGAUGAUUGUAAAGUGAGUCAUAUAUUUAGUAAAGAUCAGACAUCUCCAGACAGAACAGAAGAGGUUUAAAAGUGUGACUUUAAAAUGAGAAAAUCAAGAGAACGUCAGUUUACUCAGGCACUUAAGGAGGCAUUUUAUUGGCACCUACUGAUAAAAGGUGGCUCGGCUCCUUCUCCUCUGGGGAGUUUUACCAUUUUUUGGCUCACUGACUGCAAAUUUUACAGCCCAGUCUGACCAGGGAUGCUGCUUCUAGACUGGUUUUUCUUUUUUUAUCCCUGACGUGAACAGAAAGCCUGCUGAUUUCUCUCGAUUUCCAAUCAAAGCUGUCGUGAUUUCGUGUUUCGCGUGAAUAUUUGUGUGAAUCUUUGCACACGUGAGUCGUCCUCACUCUCAGCAUGUGAACAUAAAAACUAAAAAAAUCUAUAUUUUUCAUCAUGUUUAUGUACGGAGACAGAUCUACUGAAUGUAUUUUUAUGUACAUAACAUGUUGUCGUGUUUUGCUUUUUGAUUCCUUGCCUUAAAUAUUUCGCACUGUGAUGUAAAGAGCAACCGCCUCCCUCUGUGACAGUGUAAUCAAGUCUUUAUAUGUAAAUGCUAUUUUCAAUAUUGCCUUAAUUAUUCAUGCCUUUUUAAAACUCGGAAGUGCAUUUCUACGCUGCAGAGAGGAACGGACGAGAGCGGGAUGUCCGUCCGUUCGACGCUUUCAACGAAUUUGAUUCAUGUGUGCCGAUAUGAAGGUGUUUGCUUGAGCCACUGCAUCCCGUUGUGAAUCACCGCAGCAAAAAGCAGCUUCAAUAAAUCAA